CCAACAACCACCAUCCCCAACGAAAAUAUCAGUCGACAAAGUUAUGGCUCCUCGCAAAGCUCUCUUCGUCAUUGACAUCCAAAAAGGCAUCGCUGUUGACUCCCAAACCCGAGUCCCGCAUGCUGACCGCGUGAUCGCGUCCGCCGAGGGGACCCUCAAAGCCGUCCGGUCGGUCAUCGAUUCCUAUCGCGAGAAGGACCAGCCGUCCCCAUGGGUUAUCUACUUUAUCCAGCACGAGGAGACACCUGAGCGUGGGCCACUGUUGCGGGGCAGCGAGCCGUGGGAGCUUGUGUUCUCUCCGCGCGUCGAUGUGGAGGAGGAGGUUGUGGUCGCGAAGAAGACCGGUAACACGUUCGAGUCCAAUCCUACGCUUUCGUCUCGACUCCGCAAUGCCGAAAUCAACGAGAUCGUGGCCCUCGGGAUCCAGAGUGAAAUGUGCGUAGAUGCAACGUGCAAGGGGGCGUUGGCGGCGGGCUUUCGCGUCACCCUUCUCUCUGGGGCACACUCUACCUACGACUCAGAUGGGAAGUCUGCGACUGAGAUCGAGCGUGAGGUUGAACGCCGUCUGUCGACGCGCGGCGCUCGUGUCUUGCGAUGGGAGGAGGCUGCAUCGCAGUGGGUUCGCGAGCAGCGUCUGGCUUAGGUGUCGUGGGCUGUGGAAUGUUUAUGGUCGGUUAUGUAUGUGCUGCUGUUUUCGGAUUUGAGGACACUUAGUCCUAUAAUACCUUGUACAGUUACGA